UCAUCGACUUGAACGACGGCUACGUUCCAUGGGGGCAAAAUUGAAGAAACGAAAACCAAGUUUGGUGGCGUAUAUAUAAUAUGAGAGGUCUACAGUAACCCAUCAAGUUUCGUACAAUGGCUGGGGGAAAUGAUCUUUCUCAUAUUGGUCGUCUCAAGAAAGAAGAGGAGAAGGCCUUGUUUGAGACUAAGGACAAAUUACAGCAAUGGCAAAAGUUUGAUGAAGACUAUUCUGCUCUUAAGUCAAGACUGACAACAUUACCAGAUAAAGUUUCACAUGAAGUUAUGGUUCCAUUUGGCAAGUUUGCUUUCAUGCCAGGUCAGUUGAUCCAUACCAAUGAGAUCCUGGUUCUUCUCGGUGAUAACUGGUUUGCAGAGCGUUCAGCCAAGCAAGCCUGUGAGAUCAUCAACAGGAGGCAAGCAUAUGUACAGAAGAUGAUUGGCGAUCUGAAGAAGCAGCAGUAUCUGUUGGAGUCUAGACUUGGUUUCGUGUCUGACAUGAAACACACAGUAGAAGGCAGGGGAGAUAUGGUAGAGAUUAGAGAAGAAUAUGAUGAGAAAAAGGAAAAGAAAUGGAAAGCGGAGAGGAGAGCUAAGAAGAAAGCUUCAACCUCCUCGAAGACACCCGCAGCCAAGCCAUCUCCUUCUGACAAAGCUCUUAGUGGUAACCAUGACGAUGGGACAGAGAAGAAUGAACCCACUGCUGAAGAUCUGUUAUGGGCGAGAUUAGAUGAGCUGGAGAGACAAGAAGAAGAGCUUGAUGAGGCGGCAAUGACUGAUGAAGAUGAGGAGGAAGAAGAUGAGGAAGAUGAGGAAGAAGAAGAAGAAGAAGGAGGAGGCAUCCAUCAAUCAACCAUACCUCAUGAUGCACACAAACAUGUCCACUGGGUAGACCAGGACCAAAGUCUAGCCCUAGAUCUUGAUCAAGAGGAUGAUGAUGAUGAAGAGGAAGAUGAGAUGGAGGAGCAGAAGUCGAUGUCUGUCAUUCGUUUUUCACACACAAAAGUAUCCAAGGAGGAACACCCCUCUGAAGAACAAGCCAAAGACGCAUCUCCAAGGUCCCCAGCAGACAUUUAUGAACUGUAUCAGACCAGGAGCAGGGAUGCAGACACAAGCAAUGCAGGAGUGGAGGGACAGCCCAAGUCUAUAUUGAAGCAUUCAGAUGUCCAUCAACCAGUCUACAGCCCAGUCAUAAGACAAGCAGAGGAAAAGAGACAACCUUUACCAGCUCCAGUUUCUGCUUUCACAGGGAGCAUUGUUGAGCAUAGCAACUCUCCUCAACCACUCAUCCCACAACCAACAGAUCAAGGUCAGGGGUCAAAGAGAGUGUCAAAGUUCAAAGCAGCAAGACAGGGCAGGAGGUGACAAAGGUUUCUUGGGAUGGAUUACAGAGUGUGCGUCACAGGGUGAUAAAACAGAGCUUUCGCACCAGGAUGUGGACAAAAUUUAGAGAGUCAAAGUUCAUAUGUCAGAGUUCAAAGCAUCAGAACAGUACAGGAGGUGGUGGGUACUCUGAUUAUCUGCCUUUCAAGAUGAACAAUCAAUUGUGCCAAAAGAGUGAUGAAACAGAGCCUGUUUACCAGUAUUUCAACAAAAAGGAUGAAGGGAAACUCAUUAGUUUUACAGGAAUACUGUUCAGCAUAAUGGAUGAUAAACAUUGAUAAAGAUCAACAGUAUCACUUCUAUUCAUAUUUGAUCGGAUUCCACCUCCAUUCGUACUGUAGUCAACUCCCGACUGGGUAAAGUCAUCAUUUAUAUUCAAGUCUCAGAUUUAAAUUUAGAUUUAAUUAGUACAGUAUUGGACAGAAUACUUUGACAUGCCCUAAACAAACCCCACUUGAUCAUGCAAACAUAUUUAUAUGUUACAAACAGAUUUUAAAGCUUUGUCAUAAUGUAAUAUGUGAUUAAAUGGUAUCUUAGAGCAUGCAAAGUGAAUCUUUAUGCAUUUUCUGUGAUACAAUGCAAAGAGAAUGUCUUGAGCAAGGAUGUUCUAGCAAUAUGAAACACACUUUGUUGUAAAAGCAUUAGAAUAAUAAAUUCACUUGAUUGGACAUAAAUUAUGACUGAUAAUGAUAGGGAUUCAUGCUUUUGGGCAGUCUUUUAUCAAUUUAUUUCAUCCAGAAAUCAAAGAGUUCAUGUCACGACCAUCGACUACUGUUAAUGAUACCAGAAAGAACCAUUAGACCGUUGUUCAUGUAAAGAGAGGUUCAAUUUAGAUGAAUUAAAUGGAUUAAAAAUGUCCUUUUGCAGAGUACAGGGAAUUCAUGCGACUAUGGAAUAGAGAAAUCUGUGGGAACCCUGCACAAUUUAAGAGGACCAAAGGAAGAUAUUAUUGACAGAGUAAUCGUGAUGAAUACCAAUUAUACAUUUAUUUUUGUCAUGCUGCUUAUCUUCUGUUCAAUAUUAUUUGUAUUAAAUGAUACCAACAUUAUCAAAUUUAAA